AUGUACUUUACCUAUAAAUCAGAAAGAAAUGAGCAAGGAAAUUAUUCAGCUCCACUUCUUCGAUUUAAGAUGUCUGUGGGCUAUGGAGUUUUGUUCAUAUGGAUAAUAAUGGUGCACGUUGAUUUCCCAUUUUCGACAGCAUGUUCGCAAGAUGAAAGAACUUCGCUGUUGGAUUUCAAGGGUGGUCUUAAACUUUCCUCAGGCCGCUUAUCCUCUUGGAUUGGAUUCAACUGUUGCGAGUGGGAGGGUGUUGCCUGUGAUUAUCACACAUCUCAUGUUAUCGAACUUCGUCUAAGUGCUGAUGUAUCAUACAUCGAGGAGUUGACUGGUGAGGUCCAUAUAAAGAAAAGUCAGUUCAGUGGUGAGAUUCGUCCAUCUCUGUUUAAUCUGCACCAUCUACAGCACUUGGAUCUCAGCUGGAAUGACUUCAAAGGUAUUUCUAUUCCUCCCCAGUUAUCAAAACUCCAGAAACUUACAUUUCUUAGCUUGUCAAAUGCUGGAUUUGGAGGUGAAGUCCCUUUGGAAUUGGGAAAUAUGUAG